AUGAGAUACCGAAAGAUACCGUCGCUGGACAUCUGUUUGAUUCUCCUGCUCAACGCUGGACAAGUUGCUGCGCAGAUGGAGCCAGCAGUGUGUUACGUUCUGGAUGGGAUUCUGUUUGUUUACGGCGUUGUAUUGACUGUCCUUUACUGCAGAUUAAAGAUGCAUUCCUCUGGAGAUAAAGCUUUCUCAGAGAAGCGAGAAGGGGACAUUUAUGAGGAUCUGGGACGGCAAGACGUGGACACCUACGACACUCUCAAUCCCGAGAAGAAAAAGCCGCUGGCCUGAGAAACUCUCAAACUGCGUGCCUCAUUCAGUGCUCAUGCCCUAAAAAACUGUACUUUUGCUUUGUUUACAAGUAAGAAAACUACACUCAAAAAAAUGCUGGUUUAUUUCAACCCAAAUUUGUGUCAAAUUUGGACUAAUUAAUUAAAAGAAUUAAUGUAAAAAUGUAACCCAACUGUUGGGUUAGUCCAUAUUUGACCCAAAUUAGAGUUGAAAUAACCCAGCAUUUUUUAAAGUGUAGCAGAGCUUUGUUGAUCAUGACAUUCUGCUUUAUUGUCAUUGUUUUCAUGUGGCUUUGAGACAAAUGUCACAGUUAAUGUAUAAAAAAACAAGUGAAAGGCUCUCCAUUUUGACAUAAUAAAACUAUAUAUUUAACUUGGA